AUGUCUGUUUCCAUCGCGCCCUUUAAUAAACGUGAGGACAACCUUGCCGAACUUACCUCACUGAUACAGCAGCUGUCAACAUCUGCAACUAUCUCAUCUGUACAGCGUGCCGUUGAAUCCGCUCACUGCUAUGUAUUGAUUGCGCGAGAUGAGUCGACACGAAAGAUGGUCGGCAGUGCGACUAUGGCGCAAAUGGAAUGUCCUACAGGUAUUCGUGCUCAUAUUGAAGAUGUGAUUGUCGAUGUCAAUUGGAGAGGCAAAGGCAUUGCAAAACGUCUAUUGGAGGAGGCCAUACGGUUCGCCAAAUAUCAAAAUGCAAAAACGAUCGAUUUGACCAGCCGCCCUGAACGUGAAGCCGCCAAUCGACUGUAUCAAAAAGUUGGCUUUGUCAAACGCGACACCAACGUCUACCGUUUUCAAGAUCAGUGA